AUUUAACGAAACGAGUGUUUGAUUUUAUUAUUUCAUUUUAGAAAAAUGCGUUCUAUAUUCCUUUUUGUGGAAAGUGCACUUACACUUUUACCUAUGGGCUGAUAUAUUAUUUGAUAAUUCUGUGAUCUUAUGGACUUUCAUGGGAUUUUAUUCCUUUUUGUGGAAAGUGCACUUACAUUUUUGCCUAUGGGUUGAUAUAUUCUUUGAUUAUUCUAUGAUCUUAUGGACUUUCAUGGGAUUUUAUGGAUGAAUUACGGAGACAAGUUGACUGGCCGAAGGUGGAUGUUUAACGUCACAAUCAUGAUGUAAUAAAGUUAGAGUUUAUUUGGCAGAAGAGUCCAUCUACCUCAAGAGUAUGCAAUGUGCGAUAUAACAGUCUGAAACAAUGACGGUAGCAAAUAUGACGUCGAAUGUGACGUCAAAUAAUACGUCAUAUGGAAACAGUAAUUCCAGCAACGCCCUGUGCAAUGAAUCGCUAAUUGAAGAAGCAAGGCGUGAGCUAAUGGGGAUCAAUAUUUACCCAUUUGUAUUUGUGAUUUUCUAUAUGAUCAUUGGAUUCACUGGAAAUACUAUUGUGAUUUAUAUAUUUACAUCAAAAUGGAAAUUAACAAAGACGACCAUUUUUAUUUUAACACUUGCCGGUGUUGAUCUAAUGUCAUGCAUGGUCAAUAUGCCCACAGAAGCCGCCAUAUUGUGGAACCCUUUGAAUUUUGAUUAUGACGUCAUCUGUAAAAUUUCACGAUACAUGACUUUUACGGCAACCGUUUCAUCGACAUUUGUCUUAGUGGCUAUUUCUAUAGACAGAUAUCUUAUGGUAUGUCGACCAUUUUUCGGCAGAGAGUUAGGUAUUCAGUACGCAAAGAGGACAUGUCUUACAGCGGUCCUGCUCGGUCUUUUUCUGUCAUGGCCGUCACUUAUAUUUUACGGAACUUAUACAUAUGACGUUGAGGUAGAAGAUAGCAUUACAAAUAAACUUGUUAAAGUUGAAGCUAAAACAUGUCUUAUAUCAAAUUUUUACGUCGAUCAUUACAAGUUACCAGCCGGAUUCUACUUCUUUUUGUUUGGCGGACACAUCAUAAUGUUCAUCAUAUUGACGAUGGUUUAUCUACUUAUUGGACGCACUCUUUUUAUGUCAACCAGCACUGACCUUACUGACGAACAAAAGCACAGUCUAAGGUAUUUUGGCAUAAGCAUGAUGUCUGCAUUCACCGGAACCGUGCCAAAUACUCCGGCGGAUAACCGCGAGCGUUUGAGCUGGUACGGCAAAACUUCACGCUCGGUUUCACUCGAAAACAUAAAUCGUCUGGACAUGAAAACCCUAAACGAUCUGGCAAGGCCUCAAGCCAGACAAAACAAUGAAUCUUCUGUUAGCAUUGUAGUGAACGAUAUUGAAAAGGAAAAUAAAGAAGAAGUUAAAACUGAAAAUAUUACAAAUCAAAGAAGAAGGUCGUUACAAUUAGAUGAUGUUUGUAGUGAAUCAGACAAAAGGUCAGACAAAAGGUCAGACGAUUCACUAGAUAUGAAACGUAAUAAUCUUUGUAAGCAACAAACUACUUUUGACACAAGCGCAAACGGAACUCCUUUUAAAACACCCAAAAACGAAAAGAAUCCGAAUGCAAAAUUGCUAUAUUUAGAAAUCGAUAACAAAAAUAAAAUCAGAGAUGGUCGCCUUUCAUCAGGGUCUACAAAUAGUACAAAUAGUUGCCUUACUCCAAUGACCCCAAUGUCUGCUGAUAGUGUCAGAGGAAUUCUUUAUCGAAGUCAAAGCAUAGAAAGUAGGUCAAGACUGAACCGAAUUAUCUCCGAUGAACUUACAAACGCAGAAGUGAAAGAGUUCAUUUUGCGUAGGAAUACGUUAAUCAUGCGGAUGGUUACAAUAGCAUUUGUUGUGAGUUUCCUCCCUUACCUUGUGAUUGUCACGUUGCGGUAUUCUAACACCGACAUACCGACUAAACUAAGUAAAGUGGAACAAAUAUUUUACAAUGUGUUUUUAAGGACCUACUUUGUGAAUUCAAUGAUAAACCCUUUUAUUUAUGGAUUUAUGAACACGGAGUUUCGGGCAAAAAUUAAGCAGAUGUUUUGUGCGUUUUGCUCGAGACACAACAUCGCAGUGUGAAAUAUGGUUGAACAUGCAAAUACUAACUUUACAUUCAUAUUUAUUUCACAUCAAAUUUUCAAAAUCCAAAGGUUUUUGGUACAUGAAGUUAGAUUAUAAAGGGUAAUUUCUUCUGAAGUAAACUUGAAAUUUCAUGAUAUUUUGUUCACAAAGUCAAAUAUAAAAACUUUCUUUA